AUGUAUUUGUGGAAGGCACAACUUUUUAUUUUUUUUUUAUUCAACUCUUAUAGUUAUUCUACUGCAUGUCCUUCUAAAGAUGAAUAUGCACCAACAUUUUUUGGCAAAAUUGCUAACUGGUUUAGAAAUUUAAAAGACCGAAUUGUUGGAUUUUUUAAUGGCUCUCCACCACCAGCACCACAAGAUGAUUGCGGAACCAUUACUAAUUCAAGUAUAGCAAACGGUUCUCCAUCACUCAGUGAAAAAUUGCCAGAAAAUGAUGCCGAAAAAAAUACAUUUGAGACUUCUACUACAACAGAAUCCGUCACAAGUUUAUCGAGUGAAAAAUCUAUCGAUGAAAAUACUGAAGUAAAAAAAACUAGUAGUACUCCUAAAGCUCCUCAAUCUGCAGAAGUCAUCGAACCAUAA